AUGCACACUUCCGCCAUGGCCCUCGCUGGGUUGGCUGCCACGGCUGCGGCCGAGACCAUCCACGGCGCCCUCGUCUUCACCCGCCACGGUGACAGAACCACCAAGCACUUUGGCUCCCAAGUGCUCACCCCUCUCGGCGCCCAGCAGGUCUUUCAGGUCGGCAGUGACUACCGCGCCCGCUACCUCGACUCAUCCUCCCCACACCACAUCCAGGGCAUCUCCGAGACGGAGUAUGUCCCGGCUCAGAUCUAUGCCAGCGCCCCGGACCAACCCAUCCUCCUCAACACGGCCACCUCCUUCCUUCAGGCCCUAUACCCGCCCCUAGGUGACACCGUCUCGGCCCAAGACCUCGCCAAUGGCUCUUCCGUAGCGAGCCCCCUAACCGGCUACCAGUACGUCACCCUCCACGGCAUCAACGACGACUCCCCCGAGACGGUCUGGAUCAAGGGCGACGACGACUGCCCGGCCGUGACGGCCGCCUCUGCCGACUUCAAGCAGUCCUCCGAGUACCAAUCCCGCCUGGCCGCCACCCGCGACUUCUACCAAUCCCUCUACCCGCUCGUGCACGAGGUGUACCCGUCCGCCUCAGACCUCAGCUACGCCAAAGCCUACGACAUCUUCGACGUGAUCAACGUCGAGAAGAUCCACAACGCGUCCUCCCCCGCCCAGGCCGUCACCCCCGCCCAGCUGAACCAGCUGCGCACCCUCGCCGACAGCGCCGAGUUCGGGCUCAACUACAACGCCUCGCAGCCCGCCCGCUCACUCCACGCGGGCACCCUCGCCGGCGCCGUGCUCAACCACCUCAACCAAACCGCCGCCGCCACCACCACCCCCUCAUCCUCCGCCCCCAAACUGACCGUCCUCGCCGGCAGCUACGACACCUUCCUGGCCUUCUUCGGCCGCGCCCGCCUGACCGAGGUCUCGGCCCAGUUCUUCGGCCUGCCCGAGUACGCCAGCACCAUGGCCUUUGAACUCUUCACCCCUGGCGAUGGCAGUGACGACGCGACCGACCUGCACGUGCGCUUCCUCUUCCGCAACGGCACCGUCGGCCGCCUGCAGCAGUUCCCGCUGUUUGGCAGCGGCAAGGCCGACCUGCCGUGGGGCGAGUUUGUUGAGGAGAUGCAGCUGAUUGGUGUGAGCUCGGCGGAGCAGUGGUGCGGGCUGUGCCGGAGCGAGGCCGUGUUUUGCGCGGCGUACCGUGGGGGUGAUUGGGAUGGUGAUGGUGUGUAUGGCUUGACGGGUGGGGACCGCGGGCUGGUGGUGGGCAGGGGAUCGUGGGUUGCGGUGCUGGUGGUGAUGGCGGUGGCUAUUGCUGGGAACUUGGUCUGGGCGGCGAUGUGGCUGGUUAGGAGCCGUCGGGCGAAGAAGGAGAGGAUGGCGGCGACGGCAGCUGCGGCGGCUGUUGGUCGGGGUUCGGAGAGCGUGAAGAGCUAUGACAAGGAGAGCGUCUAA